AGCGCGAGCAGAGGUCCGCGCCUCGCGAUCGGCCUCACAGCGGGAGCGGGUGGUCGAGGUCACCGGGCGGCCCAGGCUCCCCUUAGGCCUCGCUUGGCGUGCGGCAGCUCGACCUGGAAGGCCUGUGGGACCCGCAGGGCGAACUGCGUUUAUAACGGGCGGCCGCUCCCGCAGCAUAACACUAUAGCUUUGUGGAGUUGGUCAGGGAGAGCUAACACAGAGCGGGGCAAAGUACAGGGUGGUUUUAGAUGGAUACCUGAUGCCAGCAUUUCUGAGGAGAAGCAGAAACGCAGUGUGAGACGCUUCUCCAAAAUCCUCACGGAAAGAUGGUGCGCGCCAUUUUACCUGGCUCUGUCCAUCCUGGCUGCACUAAGCUUACACAUGUCUGAGAAGUGACAUGUUUUACAAUAAUGCUCCAUCCCACCCUCUGACUUGGCGGUUGUGCUACCAUCUUGAGUUGUUUGAGCUGAACCGCUAGUAUUGGGCAGCGUUCAAUCCUCACUCCACUUACAUAAAAUAGAUCUUUUAAUUAGGAGACAAAGCAUAUUUUGGGAAUCCUGUGAAAUGUAAACAAGGUUUCAUAAAACAUUAUAUUAGAAUGGGCAGCAUUUUAUAAAAAUAGACGGCACCUCUGGAUAAAAGCCAGGAUACCAGAGCAAGGAUAUAUAGUGCAUUGCACACAGAAUAAACUUUUUUUUUUUUUCAGAAAAGGAAAUGCAAGAUACUGUUUACAUUGACCUAUGACUGCGUUGCUAAAAACACCUUCAUAAAAACACAGUAAAAUUACUAAAAUAUAGUGCAGCAUAUAAAAGCAGCAAAUAGGAGGGAUCAGUUGAAAAAACUUGAAUUUCACUAUGUUUUUACAUCUAUAUAGGAGCUGUUGUGUUAUAUAUUCUGUAUAUUAGAAUGGCAACAACAUCACAAUUCAGGGAUAUCACUCAAUGUAAAAAAGGCUUUUAAUUAUUUUUUUCAUAGUGAAUGUAAUAUUUUGCCUAGUAAUUAUUACCAUUUAUGUUACUAUAGCUUAACAGGCAUUUACUAUCAAUCACUUAAGAGGACCCAAACUAGUGCUGUGCUACUUCUGGUUUUUUUACAGUGUGUUGGAUUCUUCUGAGUAUAAAAGUGCUAAGAAGCAGGAUUUAUGGCAUACACCAUGGUGGAUCUGUGCUGGAAGCUGUCCGUUUGUUUCUUCUGCUAUCAAGUUGUCUCUGGAAGAGUUAAGAGGGAGGGGCAUUAUGUUGCUGCUGUGUACGAGCACGAGUCCAUACUGAGUCCUAACCCAACAGCCCUGGUUGAUCGACAGUCUGCGCUGGAACUCAUGGGCAGAAACCUAGAUAUCUAUGAACAGCAAGUAGUGGCUGCUGCAAGACAGGGGGCACAGAUCAUUGUUUUUCCUGAAGAUGGAAUCCAUGGCUUCAACUUUACCAGAAGCUCCAUUUAUCCUUACCUAGAUUUUGUUCUGCAUUCACAGUCUGUGAAGUGGAAUCCAUGCAGAGAGCCAUAUUUGUUCAAUGACACAGAGGUUCUUCAGCGUCUGAGCUGCAUGGCGCUGAAGAACAAAAUAUUCCUUGUGGCAAACUUAGGAACUAAGCAGCCGUGUGAGCACACCGAUCCUCACUGUCCAUCUGAUGGAAGAUACCAGUUCAAUACCAAUGUGGCAUUUGAUGAUGAUGGUAUGCUGGUAGCCACAUAUCGCAAACACAAUCUGUAUUUUGAAUACGCUUUUGAUACUCCUCCAGAGCCUGACUAUAAACUCUUUGAUACCCCCUUUGCUGGCAAGUUUGGUAUGUUCACUUGCUUUGAUAUACUCUUUUUUGAGCCUGCAGUGAACCUCAUCAGACAAUACAAUUUGAAACAAGUGGUAUAUCCGACUGCCUGGAUGAACCAGCUUCCACUCCUGUCUGCUGUAGAAUUUCAACAAGCUUUUGCAACAGCUUUCAACAUCAAUAUUUUGGCAGCUAAUAUCCACCACCCUACCUUGGGCAUGACUGGGAGUGGCAUAUACACUCCAGUCAAGUCAUUCAUCUACCACAACAUGGAAAGUUAUGGUGGCAAGCUCAUAGUAGCAGAAAUUCCUGUGAUUACCACAGACUACAAAACCAAUUUGGAGAGUAAUGAAAGAUUCGGAGAGAACUUACAUCCCUCAUGUAAGACUUUUACAAGUCCCUCUAUGGAUGAUCAAGUUUGCUUUAAGGAGGGACAAGAGACCUCUGGCAGGGUAUCAGAAAAAGGAAGUGUACAGUUACCACCCCUAUUUUAUGCAGAAAUGAUGUAUGACAACUUUACUUUUGUUCCUGUAUGGGGGGAAAAAGGAGAGCUCCAGGUUUGUGCCAAUACCCUUUGUUGUUACUUAAGUUUUCGGAGAGUUGUUUUAACUGAUGAAUUAUACGCGUUGGGAGUUUUUGAUGGGCUCCAUACAGUGCAUGGCACAUACUAUGUCCAGGCCUGUGCAUUAGUAAAGUGUGGUGGUCUCAGCUUUAGCACUUGUGGACAGGAGGUUACGGAUGCCACUGCUCUGAUAGAUUUCCAGCUAUGGGGAAAUAUGAGUACCCCUUAUAUCUUUCCUUUACUGCUGACAUCUGGUGUUACCUUGGACUUUGCUGAUCACAUGGGCUGGAAAAACGACCACUAUUUCAUAAGCAAAAAUAGAACAUCUUCUGGCCUACUGACAGCUGCUCUAUAUGGACGAUGGUAUGAAAAAGACUAGCACAGAUACUUGACUGAAUCAGAAAACUGCCCGUAUUUUCGGACUAUAUAUCUUAACAUAAGUUGUACUGCCUAGAACAUCAGGUAUGUAUGUUCCAUGACUGACUGAUUAGAUUCCAUGUUUGAAAUGGUAAGUGAAGCACUUACCCUAAGAGGCUCUAAGUACAGUCUGUACCUUGGUAGUUUAUGUCCUACCAGAAGUAAAAGAACUGCUUUGCAAAGAUAAA